GUCUACCUCCCUUCUUCGCCCGUUCCCCUUGGCCUCUCAUUCUCGCCCCACGAUGAAGCUCACACCAGAGCUCAUCACGGCCACGGGCUCUUACCUCAAUCCUCUGCAGGAUCGAGAGAUGUCCCUGCGCGGGCACAAGAUCCCCACCAUUGAGAACCUCGGCGUGACAAGGGACCAGCUCGACACUCUUGACCUCACAGACAACGACCUCAUCACCCUCGGCAACUUCCCCCAUCUGGAUCGACUCGCGCACUUACUACUCAGCAAUAACCUCAUCUCCAGGAUUGAACCCCGCUUGGCCUUCUCCCUGCCCAGACUUACGACGCUCACACUUGCAAAUAACCAGAUUGCUAGCUUUGCACAGCUUGCCCCGCUUGCCAGGUUCCCUCAGUUGGAGUACCUCACGCUGAUAGGGAAUCCAAUCGCGAGGGAAAAGUACUAUAGGGAGUGGGUUGUGUGGAAGGUCAAGACGGUGAGGGUGUUGGACUUUAAGAGGGUCAAGGACAAGGAGCGCUCUGUAGCCAAAUCGCUCAUGGAGACAUCAGACGGCCGGCCCUCUACGCUUGCUCAUUCACUAUCCGCUCCCAAGGGCGGAGAGGCAGAGGGAGCCGUUCCGCAACAACGGACAGCAGCAGAGGCAAUUGCAAUGAAUGGUGCAGCGGGUAGAUUGAUGACAAAGGAGGAGAGGAAGAGGCUGGAAGAGGCAAUCGAUAAGAGCGAGAGUUUAGAAGAAAUUCGAAGGCUGGAGGAACGGCUGCGUUUGGGCUACGCCAUCGAGGAUUCAUCGUCGACAGCGAACAAAAAGGGCAAAAAGUAG